AUGUCGCGGCGCUCACUGACCACGAAUAAAAGUGACCUCAAUCUUUGGAUUAAUGCACGAAAUAAUUAUAUGUCUUGUCGAAAACUUCCACCUUUGCAAGGAUCAAGUCAACAGCAAGAUACCAACGUCUUACAAAGCGAAAAGGUCUAA